GCAUCCAAGGCGAUCGAGCGAGCCUCCAGUGUUCGUCCUCCCUCCGGAGAAUGUCGUUGCCGUUCCUCCUCCUCCUGGCCGCGCCGAUCCUCGGGGCGUGGGCCUGUCCCCCGAACCUCGGCGUGUGCAAAUGCAGCCCGAACCCGAAAUUCGGCGGACGACCCAUCCUGGACUGCUCCCUCGCCUCCGACCCCGCCGACCUCGAGCGCAUCGAAGGCCUCAACAUCCGUCCUCCCGUCUACUUCUCCCAGAUCGUCGUCCGCCGCUCGAAACUCACCGAACUCCCGGCGAACUCCUUCGGCCUGGCCCACGCCGACGAGUACAUCAUCGAGAACAACCCCGUCAUGGAGUCCAUCGAACCGAAGGCCUGGGGCGAGAACGCGAAUCCCAAGUCCGUCUCCGUCCGCAACAAUCCCAUCCUCGAGAGCGUCAACUUCAAGGAUUUCCAAGCAUUCACGAAUCUGGAGUUGCUCUGGAUGAACGACAACCGACUGUUGGAGGUGCCGGACUUCGCCUUCGACGGGAUCUCCCGGAACCUCCGAGAGAUCCACCUGCAACGGAACGUGAUCCUGGACAUCGGGCCCUUCGCCUUCCGGGGGCUCCCGGCCCUCCAGCGGCUGGACCUGUCGGGGAACCAGAUCGCGGAGAUCCCGUCGGGGGGGCUGUACUUCGACGUGGCGCCGGCCCUCGUCGACCUCAGUCACAACCGGAUCACUAGCAUUGACCCGGAUGCAUUUUCGAGCAGCGUCCCUGGCACGGGAGCCCUGGCGAAGCACAUCGACCUGUCCUCCAACACCAUCAGCACCCUGGAUCGGUUGGAAUGGGAGCCGUUCUUGAGUCGUUUGGACUUCUUGAAGACGGCUUCUGAGCCCACGACCACGACCACGACCGCGGCUCCCUUCUCUUUCUUUUCGUUGUCUCCUUCCGCUGCGGGGAAUUCUCUGGCCGAACCUCGUCGAGCACCCGAGUCCAAUCCGACUCAAAAUCUCCUCCUUCAGAUCCUGGAGAGGUUGGCUGCUAUCACAGGGGUUCCACAGCCAGGUGCGAAAGCAGCUCUACCAGCUGAACCUCAACCAGCUGCCCCACAGCAGCUGAUUCCUCUACUUAGUCAGCCUGUCGUUACCGAACCACCUCCUCCACCCCCGCCAACGACCGUUUCCACCACCACAACCACGACCACCACCACAGCUCGGCCUGUCAUCACCCCAGCCCCAGCCCCAGUCCCACCACCACCCCCUCCUCCUCCUCCUCCUCCUCAGCCUCAGCCUCAGCCUCCGACUACAGCAGCCCCUCCUUCACCUGCAGUAGCCGAGGCUGCGCCUGACUUGAUCUUCCAACUCCGUGAGGAACUCCUUGCUGCAAUCAAGGCCAACCCUCGUGCAGCCGCUGAAGCGGCUGGAAUUUCAGCCAAGGCUGUGGAACAAGCAGCUAUGAAUGCUGCCAAGGCAGUGGAAAGGGCAGCAACGCACACAAAUCCCGAUCCCACUCCUCAAGUGAGAAAGAAGCGGAUGAUUGCAAAUCUUCUGGAGCGACUUCGGGCCAAGCGUCAAAUAAACACUAUCUCUGGACCUGUAGCCUCUGUCCCUCUCCUCCCUCCCUACAGCAUCAACUUAGCUGGGAAUCCCCUCAGCUGCAACUGUGAGGUGAAAUGGGUUGCUGACUUCAGCCACAAAUAUUCUGAUCAACUUCUGAACCUGAUGUGUGUUGAAAACAACCAAACCUAUGGUGGUGUAAUGAUGGAUCAGAGACGAGAAGGGCUCGUAUUGAGACGAAAUGCUGCUAAAGAGGCUUCAAGUGCUGAAAGCGGAGCCAGGAGUGAUGACAUCUAUGAUUUGAAACGAAGGCAGGAAGAGCCUGAGCCUGAAGAUGGAGAUUCUAAGGAAACUCGCCUCACUCUGUUAGAAGAAGUCCUCCUUCUUGGACUAAAGGAUAAAGAAGGCUACACAUCAUUCUGGAAUGACUGCAUCAGUUCGGGGCUUCGAGGUUGCAUCCUGAUUGAACUUGCUGUGAGGGAUAGAAUCGAACUGGAGAAGAGCGGGUACCGAACUCGACGUCUCACAAAUCGCCGAGUUGUUGUGAAGAAUGCUGCUCCCACUGGUGAUGUUCUUCUUGAUGAAGCACUAAAACACAUCAAAGACACAGAUCCCCCAGAAACCGUCCAGACUUGGAUUGAAUACCUCAGUGGAGAGACCUGGAUCCCAACAAAGCUGAAGUACCAACUGAGAAACGUUCGUGAGCGGCUGGCCAAGAAUCUGGUGGAGAAGGGCGUUUGUUCAACAGAGAAGCAGAAUUUCCUUCUCUUUGACAUGACAACCCACCCACUCAAGGAUAACAACAUCAAGGGGAAACUUGUAAAGAAGGUUCAAGACGCCGUGCUGAGCAAGUGGGUGAACGACGCCCAACGGAUGGACAAGCGACUCCUCUCCCUCAUAUUCCUGGCACACGCCUCGGACGUGCUGGAGAACGCGUUCGCGCAACUCAACGACGACGACUACGAGGUCGCCAUGAAGCGAGUCCGGGAGCUGCUGGACCUGGACUAUGAACUCGAGGCGGGGAAGCCCAACGCCAACGAGGUCAUGUGGGCCACGUUCGCCGUUUUUACUAAAUGAGAUUCGCGAAAACGUUUCGGACCGACAUCCCUUCCUUUACCUGCUUUGGAGCACUUUCCUCGAUUCCGAGUCUUGUCUGCGAUUCUGAGAUUCAUAUUCGGAUGAUGGAGCAAUUCUGAUGACACGUUUUGAUGAUUAUUUCCGAUCGAUGGAGGAAUUCAAUGGUGCUGCGACCUCCUUCGUUUCUUUCCUGAGGUUAAUUUAAAUCUUUCUUUCCCGAGUCAGAGGUGCCGGCUCUGAUGUUGCAGAGGGGCUCGUCAGUUGUUGCCUUGUGCCACGUUUGUUCAUAAAAAAAAUUCCUCCUGUUUUGAAUCGAUAUUUGUGUAUGCUGCGAUUCCAGCACCCGAUCGGGGUGAUGAUAUGGCGAAGUUCCCGGCGGAAGGGGGAUUGGGGGGGAAAGCACUGCAUCGUUUGCGACUUUUUGUUUGAUAUCACCCUUUGAUGCACAUUCCACUGCUGAUACAGGUGAUGGAAAAUUUUUCUUUUAAUCAUAACUGCAGGACUUGGGAUGCAUCACCGUGAAGUAUUUUCUCUCGUCAGUCGCCACCACAUUAGCCCUGUAUCUUGCUGUGUUUGUACAUUGUAUUAGAAGAGAGUCUCUUAUGUCCUGGGAUCCAUGAAAAUAAAGAAUAAAGGGUUUUAUAUUUGAGAA